AUGACGUUUGGCCGGCGCUUGAUGUCUUUCUUAGAUGCCUGCCCCAAUACAUUCAGAUGGCUUAACAGCAUCAUCCUGCGUAAUCUUCAAUUUGGUGAAGCAGACAUGCCAACCAUAUUGAACACAUGCGAGAAGCUGCAGGCUCUGACCCUGCACUCGUGUCAGGUGAGCCAGCUAGAUUCUGUACUGAAGAUGGAUGCACCUAGCUCCCAGCUAAUUGCACUAAAUUUUAUAAAAUGCUACUUUGAACAUGUUGAGUUGGUCUGUCUCCCUCAGUUGGCUAGUCUGGUCUAUGAUACCUGGUUGUCUGUUGACCCUCCAGUGCGAUUUGGCUAUGUCCCACGGCUCCAUUACAUAAGAGUUGCCUCCGCUCUAUUGUUUUGGCAGACACCAUUCACAUUGAGUGGGUGUUUAUCUAACGCCAGGAACCUUACAAUUCUUCAUUUGGAUUUCCAUGAUGAAAUGGUUUGGUUUCAACCUGAACAUCCUAAAAAGCUUGUUCCUGUAUUCAGUAAUUUAAAAGUUGUAUAUCUGUAUAAUAUUUUUGCUGACUGUGACCUUAAGUGGACUUUAUUAUUUCUUGAAGCCGCGCCUUCCCUCGAUAGCUUUUAUGUCAAGAUAUCACGUCAUAUGUGUGGACGAUACAAGCAUGCAUGUAUUGAUAAUGCUAAAAAGACUAACGUGCUGUGGGAACCAUCAGAUUUCAAGCAUUACAAUUUAAAUCUAUUCGACAUUAAAGGUUUUGAGAAGGAAGAGAAGCUGAUAAAUUAUGUAAAGUUUGUAAUGGAGCGAGCUGUGGCUUUGAGGAAAAUUCAUCUGCAUGAUAAGGAGAAUUGUAAACAGUGUGGCUGUAUAAAUAAGCAGGCUCCAUCACCAAUCAGUUCCAAGUUUCCAAAUAACGAGGGAGAGAAUAAGUUAAUACGAAGGCUGCUCGCCAAUGGAUCUUCAUCAUCACCCAUAGAGAUCGUUAUAAGAUGA